GGCGGGAAUCCUCGGCCUCGGUGGCGGUCGUGGACACGUCGAGCCAGGCAGAAGUGGAGGGGGCUUCUGAGGAGUCGGGAAGGGGUGACAGGUUAAGAUUCUGAGAGCGAGGCGCCAGUGGCUGGACUCGACCUAGGAAGAGAUGGGGCCCUCUCUCUUGCUCAAACGGGCUCAAACCCUUGACCUCAAGCUAUCCUCCUACCUUGGCCUCCUAGAGUGCUAGGAUUACAGGUGAACUUGUCAAGGUUUUGUGCUCCAGAGACUUAAUUCGUUUAAGAAGUCUCAACCACUGAAAGAAUCUUCUGCUGACACUCAACUUUACCUGGAAAAAUGAAUCAUUCUCAUCAUCACAUGACAACUACAGCCUCACACUCCCAUGGUGGAGGAGACAGCAACAUGAUGAUGAUGAUGCCUAUGACCUUCUACUUUGGCUUUAAAAAUGUGGAACUAUUGUUUUCCGGUUUGGUGAUCAAUACAGCUGGAGAAAUGGCUGGAGCUUUUGUGGCAGUGUUUUUACUAGCAAUGUUCUAUGAAGGACUCAAGAUAGCCCGAGAGAGACUGCUGCGUAAGUCACAAGUCAGCAUUCGCUACAAUUCCAUGCCUGUCCCAGGACCAAAUGGAACCAUCCUUAUGGAGACCCACAAAACUGUUGGGCAGCAGAUGCUGAGUUUUCCACACCUCCUGCAAACCGUGCUGCAUAUCAUCCAAGUGGUCGUCAGCUACUUCCUCAUGCUCAUCUUCAUGACCUACAAUGGCUACCUCUGCAUUGCCGUAGCAGCAGGGGCUGGUACAGGAUACUUUCUCUUCAGCUGGAAGAAGGCAGUGGUAGUGGACAUCACAGAGCAUUGCCAUUAAUGUCAAACUCCAUGGCGUGGCCUUACCGAUUGCAGUGGGAAGCAGUUUGAGACUAGAAGAUGUGAUUCCUGCUCCAAUCAUCCCUUCUUGCUCUUGUUUCUUUACAUACAUACACAUACACACACACACACACCUGCUCAACAGAGUUUUAGUUUACAGACCCUAAUCUAAAGUACCUCCCAAACUUGUCUCUAAUAAGCUGAGAAUCCCAUUUUUCUUGAGGAGAAGCCACCCAUGAGAUGUCUUUUCCUUCCCCAUUGUCCUAGAUCUAAGUUAUAUGUUCUUAUCUAAUCCAGGUAGCUUUCUGUUCAAUGGCUUGAUCAUCUACUUCCUUUUUUAAUCUUUCAGAUUUUUUUUUAACAGACAGUACAUGAAUUCAGUGGGUUUUUUCUGGGAUAGUGAUGGUGAUGAUUAACUUCAGCCAGGAUUAAUGGCUGCUGAGGGAGAUUCUUGCCCAACUCAACCCAGAACUGAAACUCAACAUUAGAAAAUAAGGUCCUGUCUUUGGAUUCAAUGAGUGGGAAAUACAUUGUGCCUUUCUCUGGGUGUGAUGUGUUACACCAAAAUCUUUGUUGUGUGCAGAGGGGUGGUUUGAGGGUAAUCUACAGGCCUAGAGCUUGGAGAGUAUGUGUUCUUGGACGGCUGAUUUCAUCAACUUGUCUUCCUACUUACCAUUUUGAUUAGAAUGAACUUGCCAGUCCAAAAGAAAAGACAAUCAAUUUGAGAAAAUAGAAAUAGGUAUUUUAAAAUAAAACCAUUGGCAUUUUACUUUGACUACCUUGGUUUGUCCUGGCUGAAUGAAGCAAAAGAAUUUGAAUUAUUUUUUCCCACUAUUGUUUUCACAUGUCUGCCACUAUGAUAGUGAUUUUCAAAUUUUAGCAUACAUCACAAUCACUAGUGGGCUGUUUAAAACACUAGAUGCUGGACCUCAACCCCACAAUCCCAAAACAGGCAUUUCUAAGUUCCCAGACAGUGUUCCUGCUGAUGGUCAAGAGACCACACUUUUGAGAAUCUGUGCUUUAAAUUAAGAAAGUAACACCUGAUAAAGUGGGUUACCUGAUAUUGGGCAUGGGAAUUUGAAUUGCUGAUUGGUGGUUGGUAUGUCUGGGCUUCACUCAGUAAAUCCUGCUGAUCAAUACUUAAUCAUUCCGCAUUUAUUCAGUUCCAACUGUGUAGUUCCACAAGUGCAAAGGGCUGAGACCAAAGUAUUUUCACUAGCCUGUCUGAAAUCACUAGUCCUUAUUUUUAAAGACCUGUGGUUUCUGGGAAGUAGUUUGAAUGUUGAGAGAGACCUUUGAUCUGCAGCGUAAAUCCACCAGGUAUGGGCCAGAAGGGCAAAAGCCAAGCUUUCUCUUUGUAGAGGCUGAGGGUGUGGUUUGCUGAUGGCCAGAUUCUCCUCAGCCCCAACAUCUAUGCCCAUACCUGGCAGAGCCUCAUCCUUCAUGUGACCAUUUUUGUUACUCUUGGGAGCUUCAUUAGAUCACAAGUGGCCAAAACCUCUUUUCUCCAUGAAGAAUCACAUUGGAUUUUUAUUCUGUUCAGUUGUUAGUACACACAGCAGUCCAAGCUACCUCUGUAAAGUGAUUCUUCCUUGCCGGUCUGUUAAAUCCUGCCAUCCUUGGUGCUAGAUCCAAUAGUGCCUCAGGGUGGAGGACACAAAACACUGCUAUCCUGUUGGCCCAAGUCAUGGUUUGGAAGUUUGUACUUUCUCCGCGCAUGCCAGUUAAAUAUUGGAAAGCAAGGAAUGUGUACUUGUAUGGCUUUGAACCAAGAGAGGGUUAUGAGCCUACUGGUCGAGGUUAAAAUCCAAGAACCAGCAUUUGAGCUUUGUGCUUUUUUCUCAUUUCAUUCCUUUGCAAUGAUGAUAACUUAGCAUGAGCAGAGUGAAUGACAGGUACUGACGAGAGUCCAACAUUAAGGUGUAAAUAGCCUGUUGUUGGCUCACACUUACAAUCCCAGCACUGUGAGAGGCCGAAGGAAGGAACAUCACUUGAGGCCAGAAGUUUGAGACCAACCUGGGAAACAUAGUGAGACCCCAUUUCUACAAAAAAAAAUUUUUUUAAAUAGCCUGUUGUCUCAGAAGCUGAGGAAUAAUAAAACCAUGAGUAAUAAAUAUGAAUCAAUGUUUAGUAGUGAUUCUGGUGCUCUCUGGAAACCUCAGCGUGAACUGCUAUAGAAUACUCUUCUAGGAAUAGAACCUUCUCAGUAAGAUAAAAUCAAGGCCAAUUAAGACAAAAUGCUAUGAACUUGAAACUCACAGACAAAACCAUCAGUUUGGGGUAGAUCUUCAGGUAUUCAGGAUAGGGAUCAUUUCCAGAAAAACCUGAAUUUAAGGGAUUCUUAGACUAGAUAACCAAGGAUGAAGCAAGUGGAGGAGAAAAAAGUUAAAGCUUAAAUUCCAUCUUUCUUGAGCUCUUAGAUUGUGAUAAUAUAAUGAUAUCAUUGACUUUCAUUUCUGUAUCCCUGCUCAUUUGAAAUUUAAUGCCAGACUUCUUUGUUCCUUUUAGAUUCAAACUUCUCUUUUCCUCCUCCCCUGUACACGUCUAUUAGAAGAUUGUCGCCCCAUCUCUUUGGCCUCUUACUCUGCUGCCCUUUUCCCCUUUCUGUCUUUCAUCUCACACGUCUGGUUGUUUAAAUCUCCCUUGUCCUCCUGAAGCAGUGGGCAUCACUAUACUCUGGAUAUAAGUACCAACCAAAAGUUCCAGAAGUUGGUAUUUAUAAACUGGUUGAAGACCUUAUGUAUGCUUCAAGAAGCAUUUGCCCCACUGGAAUUUCUAGAAGGCUGAGCAAGGGGAAACCUAGUACCCUGUUCAGAGCUAUAGAAUCUUAGGGGCUUAUCUCCAGUGUAUGAUGUAUGAUAGAGGAACAUUCAGUGCCCACAUUGCCCACAAAUGGUAUCCUCACUGUGUGCCCCCCCCCCCCAGGGGUUAGAAAUUAAGAUUUCUUCACUACUUCUAUGGUAGGGCAGUCUGGAAUUCCCUUUCAGGCUGUGGGUACUGGUCUUGGGUUCUAGCAACAAGGGAUUCCUUAUAAGGAGCUGGGCAGAAAGACAGGGGUACACUUUCAUGUCAUUUAAUUUUGAUCCCUGCCCUCUCCAGCUGCUUCUUCAGAAGAUACAUCUAAAAAUAUAAAGACUGCAUUUGAUGUAAUGCCUUAAUCACCAGGUCUACAAUUAAUGUUGACUAUUUUAGAUUGUAAGCUCCUGGAGAGCAGUAUUGCUGUAGUAGGAAUGUUUUAACAGUGUCACAUGCAGAACAAAAUAAAUAUUUUGUGAUUUGAUGCAUGUUUUUCUUUCUUUUUUUUUUUUUUUUUGAGACAGUCUCAAGCUAUCGCCCUGGGUGGAGUGCUGUGGCAUCACAGCUCACAGCCACCUCAAAGUCCUGGGCUCAAAUGAUUCUCUUGCCUCAGCCUCCCAAGGAGCUGGGACUAUAGGAGCCUGCCACAAUGCCCAGAUAUAUAUAUUUUUUUGGGUUGUAGUUGUCAUUGUUUGGCAGGCCCAGGCUGGAUUCAAACCUACCAGCUCUGGUGUAUGUGGCGGCACCCUAGACAUUCGAGCUACAGGCGCUGAGCCAGAUGAUGCAUGUUUUUCUACCCAGAGUGAUGUCAGAAUGAGCUAGUUUCUUCAUAGUCUGCAUAGAGUCCAACUAUUACCAUCAGUCUUUUUUUUUUUUUUAAUUGAGAUAGAGUCUCACUUUGUCACCCUAGGUAGAGUGCUAUGGUGUCAUGGCUCAUAGCAACCUUAAACUCCUGGGCUCAAGCAAUUCUCUUGCCUCAGCCUCCCAAGUAGCUGGGACUAUAGGCGCCCACCACAACACCUGGCUUUUUGUUGUUGUUGUUGAGCAGGCAGAGGCUGGAUUCAAACCCACCAACCCCAGAAAAUGUGGCUGGCACCCUAACCACUGAGCUAUGGGCGCACAGCCACCAUCAGUUUUUUAAAUGUGAAAGUCUUAUAGGUGAAAUGAUCCCUGUAUGUUUUCAUCUCAUUCUCCUGCUGUGCUCAAAAUGAUGUACAUACCAGAAGAUCCAUGUGAACUUUUGCAUAGGAGUCAGAGUCUUUGUGAAGCUGCAGAUAUUUCAAUAUGCCAAAGAUUCUUGAAUUUAUUCCCCCCCCCACCACCACCACCACGAACUUCAUCUGGUUGGAGAUUCCUAAAUUUAAAAGUUAAUUUCUGUCACAUCAUAAUCCCUUCCCUGUGUUUGUUUAUUAUGUCAAGCAAGAGAUUCUGAGUUGGGCCUCUAGAAAGUUUACUGCCAAACCUGGAGAUGUACAAUGACCCUGCCUACCCCUCUGUAAAGCCAGAGUGCUGGUGUUAUUUGCUCUUUCUAGUGGGCACCUUGCCAAUUAGCACUACUACUAGUCUCCUCCUUAGUGUAAUAUGUUGAGCAUCCACUUUGGAGUUAAUGGGUUUGAAUCCUGGCUCUACCAUUUACUAGCAGUGUGACCUUAGGAAAAGUUAUUCUAAAAAUCCUCAGGGCUGGCCAGGUGAGGUGGCUCAUGCCUAUAAUCCCAGCACUCUGGGAGGCCAAGGCAGUUGGAUUGCUUGAGUUCAGGAGUUGAAGACCAGUCUGAGCAAGUGUGAGACUCUGUCUCUAUUAAAAAAUAGAAAAAUUUGCCAGGCAUUGUGGCAGGUACCUGUAGUCUCAGCUACUCAGGAGUUUGAGGCAAAAGGAUCACUUGAACCCAAGAGUAUUGAGGUUGCUGCGAGCUAUGACACCAGGGUGACAGAUACUCUG